UAGAUUUUUCCUCAGUCCUUGCUCUGAUUUGAUGGGAACUGCAGCUCGCUUAGUCGCUUGUGAUUUGGAGAAAUUGCUUUCUGCUACUGCCUAUUCCUUGGUUGUGUAUUUGAUGGGACACACGGGCAGAAUCUUCCUCCAUUCAUGUUUGCCUUUAGCAGUGCUGAAUAAUCCCCGCCUACCGUAGGAAACUUCCCUCGUCGUCGUCUAGACACUGUUGUUAUUCUUUCGACGCGGCAUGAUUUCGGUUGAAAAUUCCGGCUUGACGGCUAGCCAAUUACAUGGGCCCCAGGGCAUUUCCAUGUGAUGUUGAUAGGAGUGAGUCAACGGUCGUUAACGUUGACAGAGUGCAUCAUCCAUAGGGACCCGCGACUGCGUGACAUUUUUUAUUUCGAAAAGGAGGGAUCCGGACUCUGCAUCAAUCAAUGCACUGCAUGACAUAAGUAACCCGCUGUGCGUCGCAUUGUUUUAUGACAAAAAAAUACCCCAGGAACAUGUGCGCAAUGGCCAUGGCUAUCCUCCUCCUGCUGCUGCCUCUCGCCGCAGCCCAGCCGCUGUGGCCAUCCUGCGGCAGCGGCGGCACAUACACAGCAAGCAGCACCUACGAAGCCAACCUGAGGCUCCUGUCGUCCACCCUCCCAAAGAAAGCCGCGUCUAACACCACUCUCUUCGCCACCGGCACCGCCGGCGAUGUUCCCGACACCGUCUACUUCCUUGCGCUCUGCCGCGGGGACAUGAUCGACGCUUCCGCCUGCGAGGACUGCCUGGCCACCGCCUUCCAGGACGGGCAGAAGCUCUGCCCGUACAAUAAGGACGCCACCUUGUACUACGAGCACUGCAUGAUUAGCUUCUCCAACCAGAAUUUUCUCGCCACCAACGACAAUGGCCGUGUGCGCAUCCUCGUUAACCAAGGGAACAUCACGGCAAAUGCCUUUUCCUUCCGGCUCUUGUUGUUCAGUCUUUUGAACAGCACGGCCCGAGCGGCCGCAGACAGCUCGAGGAGGUUCACGACUUCGCGCAUAGACGUCGGUUCUGGCCUCCCGACGCUGUACUGCCUUAUGCAGUGCACGCCCGACCUGACAGCCGAUGAGUGCGCGGCCUGUUUCCAGGGUUUCCCACAGCUGCUCCAGUACUUCGACGGAAUGAAAGCUGGUCAACUUCGCGGGAUUCGUUGUAGCAUGAGGUACGAGCAAUACCCAUUCUUUCCAGGGGACCCGAUGCUGCUUAUUAGCAGGAUCAACGUGGUCUCGGCAGUUCCAGCGACCAACACUGCCCCAGGAACGCCAUUUACCGUGUAUCCAGUUGGGGCACCACCACCGGAGACACAAGCGACCGUCCAAGAACAGCACGGACGGAACUCAAGUAAGCUGUGGGUUAUUGGUAUCUCCGUUCCAUUACUAUUGAUACUGCUCUGCUUUAUCUUUGCCAUUGUAUGGAUAAGAAGACAGAGAAAAGGAAAGGCAAACUUGCAGAAUCAAGCUGCCGCGAAUAGAGUGGGAGAAGAUGCACUGCUCUGGAGAUUGGAAGAGAAGAGUUCAGACUUCACCCUCUUUGACUUUUCUGAGAUAUCGGACGCUACGCGCAACUUUUCAGAAGAAAACCGACUUGGGCAAGGUGGUUUCGGUCCUGUCUACAAGGGCCAAUUACCAGGCGGGAUGGAAGUUGCAGUUAAAAGGCUUGCCUCACAUUCGGGACAGGGAUUCACAGAAUUCAAGAAUGAAGUUGAACUUAUAGCAAAACUGCAACACAAUAAUCUGGUCAGACUCUUGGGAUGCUGCAUUCAAGGAGAGGAAAAAAUUCUGGUGUACGAGUAUUUGUUAAAUAAGAGCUUGGACUUCUUUAUAUUUGAUGGGAACAGAACAACUUUAGUUGAUUGGAACAAACGCCGUUCGAUAAUCGAAGGGAUAGCACAAGGUCUUCUGUAUCUGCACAAGCACUCUCGUCUGCGCAUAAUACACAGGGACCUUAAGGCCAGCAAUAUUCUGUUGGACCAGGACAUGAAUCCUAAAAUUUCUGAUUUUGGGCUAGCAAAAAUUUUCAGCUCAAAUGAUAGUCAAGGAAGCACAAAGAGGGUGGUGGGAACAUAUGGUUAUAUGUCUCCUGAGUAUGCCUCUGAAGGCAUUUACUCGAUCAAAUCUGACGUGUUCAGCUUUGGUGUUCUACUUCUUGAGAUUCUUAGCGGAAAAAGGAAUUCUGGUUUCCACCAGUAUGGGGAGUUUCUUAACCUCCUUGGAUAUGCAUGGCAAUUGUGGAUAGCAGGAAGUUGGCUUGAGCUGGUGGAAGCAGACAUUGCAGAGGAGAUCCAUACAACCGAGGCUAGGAGGUAUAUUAACGUUGCACUGAUGUGCGUCCAAGAGAAUGUAGAUGAUCGACCUACAAUGUCAGAUGUUGUUGGAAUGUUAAACAGUGAGAGUGUUGUUCUUCCGGAGCCUAAUCAUCCAGCAUACUUCAACCUAAGAGUAUCUAAGGUACACGAAUCGGCUACUGUUGUUGAUCCAUGUAGUAUCAAUGAUGUUACAAUCACUGUGGAGCCAGAUGGCAGAUGAUUGUGUUAGCGGAAUACCAUACGAUUCAACAAAAACAUCCUAGAGACUUUCACAAUGAUGAUCCGAGUGUAACUUGCUCCAUUAGAGUCCUUGCGAUAUUAACGUCAUCGUCGUGCGUACGUUUUUUUUC